AUGGAAGACCCCGAAAAUAAGUUUGAUGACUACAUUGUGAUUGGUCAAGUUAGAGAUAAGCUGGAGAUACAGGCUUCACCAAGAUUUCAAAAGUAUUUGGACAAUUUAUCAUUGGUGUUUCAAUAUCUUUUGGAGAAUCCGAAUCGUAACAUACUCAAUGAUUUAACUAGUAAAACUUCUCCAAUUGAACUUAGAUCUCCGCCGCCAACAAAUGGAUUUCAACCACCAAUGAACGAACCUACACAAAUGUUCACCAUUGACCUGCAAAAUAAGUUCUCUAUGAAUGAGCAAUACAAGAUGUAUUUCAACCUGCUUCAACAAAUUGUCUGCAAAGAAAUUGCAAAGCUAUGGAUCAAGGUGAUUGAACCCAAAAAACAGACAAAGUUUCCGUACAAAGGAGGAUACUGUACGAGGCCUCCGUGGUGGCCAAAUGAAGUUCCACAUAGGGAACCUGACCACCUUAACAAAUCUGACAGAAUUACUCUUUUGAUCACUAUUUGCCAUCUUGAUGUGACGUACUUGCAAGAUCUUUACAAAUCCACUCAGUCUGUGGAAUUCACACCUGAAAAAAGGGAGUUAUACAAUGAGUUAUUUUAUCUUCUCUAUAAAGAGUUUGACUUCCAAAGACAUAGGACUGACUCAAAGGUGGUGGUGAGUUUGUUUUCUAGGAAACAAAAACAAUUGAGUAAAAAUAGGACCGCAAAGAGUCAACCAAGACGAAAAUCGAUUUCGAAACCACCGCUCAAGAAGGCCAAUGAUGAGAAUCUCCAAAUGGCCAAACUUUUAUAUGAGCACUUGAAUCUUACAGCAAACCCUGAGAACCCAUCAUCCAUUAACGAUAUUGAUAUCACAAAUGAGUAUUUGAUUUCUUCGGCUCCUUCGCAUUCCAAUGUAAAUUUCAAUAAUUCUUUCGGUCUCGGCUUUAAUGAGGGCCACGAUUUACCUGAUCAAACGGACCAUUACUCUAUCUACAACAAAAGCCCAAUUUUGCCAACAGACAAGCAGCCAAAUAUACCCCUGUGA